AGGGAACGCAGAAAAGAUCCCAGUUCAUACAGGACCAACAACAAAGUGUCAUCAGAUGGCACAGAGUCUAAUGACAUUUUAUUUGACUCCAAUAUUCUCCAAGCAGACAACGAUGCAGCAGAUUAUUUAACGAAGUACACAGUGAUCUCCAACCACGCCCAGAGGCAGAGCUACAAGAUGGACUUUAACAAAGAGUACAGCGAAUACAGAGACUUACACGCUCGCAUCGACGGCACCACGCAGCAGUUCAUGAAGCUGGACUCGCAGCUCAAACAGCAGCACCGCCAGUCCCAUAAAUACAAGACGGUUCAUAACCAGAUUGUACAAGAGUAUCGCAAAAUUAAAAAGUCCAAUCCCAACUACAGCCAGGACAAAAUCCGCUGUGAAUAUCUCCACAACAAACUGGCUCACAUCAAGAAGCUCAUAUCUGAGUACGACCAGCAGCAGCUGCACUCUGGUCCAAACUGAGGACAACCGAACCAGUGACUGACACAGACCUGGAAAAGUCCCACCCAA